UAUUAGCUUGUAUUUUUAGCUUCGCUCUUAAUGUAGGUGUGAGGAAAGAAACCUAGCACGCUCUGCAAUCACUGGUACCCAGGGGAAGUGCGCGUUCAUCAAGCGUGCAGCUAAGGCGAUAGUUCUCCGUACCCGGGACAAAAAAAGAAAACGAAGGACGGACAACGGCGCGCUAGACAGAGGUGGGGGGAGGGGACCGUGGAGGAAUUGGAAAUACGCGUUAGCUCGUGCCUGAGCUCCUCGCGUCUGGCUCUCUCGCUCCCUCUCUUUCUUCCCACAUUUGCACGGUGAGGUUUGAGGCUAAACGAACCCACGCUUAUCUGAUGAUUGCAUUUACCAUUUUGAAUCUGUUCGAUUUGGGACUCUUUCACUCACUGUAUGGGCGUCUUACUUUGGAAAGAAAGAGGCGCGAAAAUAGCUGUGGACUUUUUUUUUGAGCUUCCAAAUGACGGAUAAUUCUGAGGCAAUUGGCGUCCCAUUGUAAACUCGUAGAACACAAGUCGCGCGAUUGCAGUUUUCAGUUAACGUCGCGCAGCAAAUUCAAUAGAAGUGGUUUCGAACACUACAUAACCAGGACUGUCUUGUUAUUUCACAGUUGUACUUUUAAAUAGUAACUUUGUUGACUAAGGGGAGGAACCAGGCGCGUGGAUACAUUUUGCUGGUGCGGUCCAACCCUGGUUUUCAUGCGCCUCCCUUCGAGUGAGCUGUUGUUGGGAGAUUUCACACGACUCCUCGCUGUAGUCAUCUGUCUGACGAAACAACCCCCCAUCUGAUACGAUAAAGACCGGCCGGAGACCGUCGCUGUGGCCCCCGGCUUCUAGGCCAUGAGCAGCUUCCCGGGCAGGAUGGGGCAAGACGUGGAGAAACAGGGCCACAAGCUGCCCAAGCAGCACUGGAGCGACCCGAAGGACAAGGUGCCCACAGACCGAACCAUGGUGGUGGGGGGCACGGGGAGGGGCGGGGCCAACCGCGCCGAAACUGCCGGGGGCGUGGCCAAGAAGCGGCGGCAGCGCUACGUGGAGAAGGACGGCAAGUGCAACGUCCACCACGGCAACGUGCGGGAGACGUACCGCUACCUGACCGACAUCUUCACCACGCUGGUGGACCUCAAGUGGCGCUUCAACCUGCUGGUCUUCACGCUGGUCUACACCACCACCUGGGUCUUCUUCGGCCUCAUCUGGUGGCUCAUCGCCUACAUCCGCGGGGACCUGGAGCACGCCGACGACGGCGACUGGACGCCCUGCGUCAACAACCUCAACGGCUUCGUCUCGGCCUUCCUCUUCUCCAUCGAGACGGAGACCACCAUCGGCUACGGCUACCGCGUCAUCACGGACAAGUGCCCCGAGGGCAUCAUCCUGCUGCUGGUGCAGGCCAUCCUGGGCUCCAUCGUCAACGCCUUCAUGGUGGGCUGCAUGUUCGUCAAGAUCUCGCAGCCCAAGAAGCGGGCGGAGACGCUGAUGUUCUCCCACAAGGCGGUGGUGUCGCUGCGGGACGGGAAGCUGUGCCUGAUGUUCCGGGUGGGCGACCUGCGCAGCUCGCACAUCGUGGAGGCGUCCAUCCGGGCCAAGCUCAUCCGCUCCAAGCAGACCAAGGAGGGCGAGUUCAUCCCGCUCAACCAGACCGACAUCAACGUGGGCUUCGACACGGGCGACGACCGCCUCUUCCUGGUCUCGCCCCUCAUCAUCUGCCACGAGUUCAGCGAGGGCAGCCCCUUCUGGGAGAUCUCCCAGGCCCAGCUGGCUCGGGAGGAGUUCGAGAUCGUGGUCAUCCUGGAGGGGAUGGUCGAGGCCACGGGAAUGACGUGCCAGGCGCGCAGCUCGUACCUGGACUCUGAGGUGCUGUGGGGGCAGCGCUUCACCCCGGUCCUCUCCCUGGAGGAGGGCUUCUACGAGGUGGACUACGACACCUUCCACCACACCUACCCCACGCCCACGCCCGCCUGCUCCGCCCGCGAGCUGGCCGAGCUGGCCAAGAAGGGCGAGGAGAUCCCCCUCCCGCCCCCGUCGCCCCCCGAGGCCUCCGAGGAGGCCCCCGUCCCGGAAGAGGCGGGGGGCGGAGGGCAGGCGGGGGGACGCGGCGACGGAGAGGGGGACGGCGAGAACGUCACCAACGGCGACGUCGGCAAGAUGCACAGCGGAGACGAGUGACGGGUCAAAACGAAAACCUGGCGCCGGGAAAUUUUGGGUGUCCCG